UUCUAUUCUUUUUUCCUUUUUCAAGAGUAACAUUAAUUUUCCUUCUCUGUGUAAUUUUUUCUUAAAUUAGUGAUUUAAAUUGUUAUUAAAUUGUUAUUCUUUUAAAAUGGCUUCCUCUAUUUUCAGGAGAGCAGUAAAUGGCUUGAAAAGUAAAGAAACUCGUGAAUAUUUAGCAAGUACUCACUUCUGGGGACCGAUCGCCAAUUGGGGUAUCCCUUUAGCUGCAAUAAGUGAUUGUAUCAACAAAGAUCCAAGUGUUAUCUCUGGUAAUAUGACUGUUGCCCUUGCAUUUUAUUCAAUGCUUUUCAUGAGAUUUGCUGUACGUGUUCAACCUCGUAACAUGUUACUGUUUUCUUGCCAUUUUACCAACGAAUGUGCUCAAAUAACCCAAGGAAUUAGAUGGACAAAGUAUCAUUAUUUCAAUGACGAUAACAAGGAUAAACCAUCACAAGAAUAAGAUUUUUUGUCUUUCAUCUUGUUUGACUUGAAAAUCUUAUUGUUUUUAUCUUAGUAGCUCAAUCAAUUGUUUUUGAUUUACAUUAUCAUUUCUUUUUCUUCUGUUCUAUUUUGUUUUUUUUCUGGACUUUUACUUUCUCUCUCGGUGCCAUGUUAUUUAGAUCAAAGAAAAAGGAUUGAAAAUUUGGAAAAUCAUUUCUAUGAGGACACAAUCAUAUUCCACACCGUUUGAUUAACUUGAUUUACCAGAAUUAGCAGAGAAAAAUUGUUAAAUCUAUUGAAUUUUGUUCCUAUUUUUUUUUCUUGUUUUCGUUACAAUGUAAUUACAAUCAUUGUAAAUUGUUACCAUAGAGGAGUUUAUGCAAUUGGGGAAAAGGUAAACAUAUUAAAUUAUCUUGUGUCAAAAUUA